UUGGUCAUUGCAUAUGGAUAAAGACCACUGGGGCGAUCCUGAAGUGUAUCGACCAGAACGUUUCAUUACUGAAACUGGAAUGCUUAGAGAGGAUGAUGCAUUCUUACCAUUUGGUCUUGGUCGACGUCGGUGUUUGGGGGAGCAAUUGGCAAAGUUUUGUUUAUUCCAGAUGUUUGCUGGAGUCUUGCAAAAGUUUCGUCUUGUUCCUGCUAAUGGUACUGGACUGAAGCACUCUAAUGUUGAGGGCAUUAAUCUUGCACCAAAACCUUAUGACAUUAUUUUCAAACUUCGAUAACAUUGCAACAAUUGAAAAGUAUUAU